AUGCUUAAUACUGUAGGUAUUGGUGAGCGCCGAGGGCUUCAUUCUUUAUCGUUUCAUCACAAGAGUGAUUGGACAAGCAUGCACAUCGUCGUAAAUAUGUUGAGGUUUGUUAAGGUGAGUGGCUACAGAGACUUUGAAUUCGUCGGUAACAUCACGAUGGGUACACCCAAGCAGCAGUUUUCUGUACUUCUUGACACUGGAUCGUCAGAUUUUUGGGUUCCGGGAAAUCAUGCGCUAAAAAAGCGAAAGUUCAAGCCAAAAUCCUCGAGCACCUUUGUGGAGGGCAACAAGACAUGGGCAAUCAAAUACGAAGAGGGGGAAGCGAACGGUGUUCUAGGAACGGAUGUUAUGCAGCGGUUCCGAACACCACUUUUGGAUCCUGCAGACGGAAUCCUCGGUCUUGCUUUCACUGCUCUGUCCGUUUGCAAUGUUGUGCCGCCACUCAUGAAUGCCAUUAAUCAAAAUUUGUUGGAUAAGCCACUCUUCACUGUUUGGAUGCAACCUCGAAGAGCAAACGCAACAACACUGAGAGGCUUAUUAACUUACGGUGCGAUCGAUACAGAGAAUUGUGGGCCAAUAAUGGCCUACGAGCUAUUUUCAUCUGAAACCAAAUAUCAGUUCAAGGAUAGAAAUUUUACGCAUGCGCAGGUUUAUGAAGCUGCAUCCGACACGGGUACGUCGCUCAUCGGUGGGCCAAAAGCUGUUAUUGACCGAAUUGCUAAAGUAGGAAUAUACUUGGUGGAAUGUAGCAUGACACCACCCAGUCUCGACAUUACAAUCGGAAAGCACAAGUAUCCCAUCUAUCCUGACAACUACGUUGUUAAGGCAAGAAUGAACACAUGCUAUUUCGCAAUCUUUUAUUUCGAGUCUGGUGGCUUCGGACCGGAUUGGAUUCUCGGCACUCCAUUUGUCCGUCAAUACUGCAACAUCUUCGACAUCGGCCAAAGUCGUCUCGGAUUUGCACUGUUUCAUAAAUAG